AUGCGAACAUUCACCACGUCAUCGAAGCGCGCCGCUCUGGAGGCACGGGCCUUGAUGGCACUUCGCUCCUUAGAGUUCGGACCUUGGCCAUGCUGCGACUCGCAGAUCGGCUCAUGUGUUACCAGCGCCGCUUGUAGCUUUUCGCUGCGUGGGGAGGCCUGGUGUUGCGUGGAGCUCUUCCUGGCCAAGGUGUCCAGGUUUGCCACCGUGACAGUCGCCCUGUCCACCAAGGUUGGGUCCAAUGCAGGCGGAUCCCGAAGUCUUGUGGUUGAGGAUGUGGCUAUAGGUAUUUCCGAGCUUCCCUGCCAGGAUCAGUCUGGGCCGUCGGCUUUGACCACCGACAUCAAACAGUUCGCAGCGAUAUUGGUCGAGGCGAUCAUUCCGGAGAUGGACGUGGAGAGGGCGCAGGCGACGAAGGAGGAAGAGAAGUCGUUGCUGCUGAGCUACCUCCAACAAGGAGGUUCCCCACUUCAGCGCUUCAUGCAGCUCCGGCAGAACAACUCAGAGGUGAUCUGCAGUCAGAGCUUAGCCAUCUUGGUUCAGAACGGCUCAGCUCCUUUGGUCCGGCACGCGCUCUCCCUGCGUGCCAAUCCCAACUCGGUGGAUGGUGUCGGCAUUCACCCCCUCACCUAUGCCGUGGCAGCAGCCGGCGAGGACGGCGAGGUAGCACGCCUGCUGCUAUCUGGAAAUGCCAACCCUGAUGCUGCACUCGGAGCGCGCCACGUCCUCGACCUCUUCAGCACCGAUGACCAGCAACGCGUUCAGGGCGUCAUGGAGCUUCAGAAAUCGGGUGAUGCCGCGCGUCGGGUUCACAAAGGCGCGAUUGAAGCGGCGAGGCGCGAAUACGCACGUCGCCUCGUGGACACGCGAUGGGACGAGCUACAAAGCAGCUCCGAUGGAGUCCGCCUCUCCGUUUUGGCGGCCGUGGCGGGCAUCGGCCACCUCGCGGCGCCGUUGGCCCACGACGUGGCGCCACUGCUGGCGGAUGGGAACAUGAAGAUAGUCGAGGCGGCAAGCAAGGUCAUUGCCCAGUUUGGCAGCGUGGAGGAUUACCUAAACGAUCCAAAUCCUCUGACUCGCUCGGCGGUUUUAAAGCAAGUGGUCCGUGGCCGUGGUCGCGAAGCGUCGGCAAAAUACGUGGACCACUUCGUGAAGGCUUUGAAGGAUGAGGAUUUCCGUGUUCGCCACGCCGGGUCGCAGGCCCUUCUCGAGCUAGGAGACCUUGCUGCGCCCUAUGCGGCCGACCUGGCUGCUGCUCUGGGUGACGACGACUGGUACGUUCGUGGCAAUGCGGUGCAGGCGCUCGGCAAAGUCGGCGACGCUGCUGUGCCCUUCGUCGGCAACCUCGCGACUUGCCUCGGUGAUUCCGUGCCAGAGGUGCGGCGCAUGGCCAAGGAGGUGCUCGCCAAAGUUCGUGCACUGAGCUUGGCGGCGGGAGCAGAAGAAGUGGAGCUGCGCCUCGCGAGCUUCGCAAAGGAUGAGGCACUCUGGGAUGCGUUCCAAACACUAGAGAAGGGACUGAGGGUCUUCUCUUCGAGGGGGUAUAAGCAGAUAGGGGAGCUUUGCUUCACCGCGGCCAUGGUGGUGGACGUUCACGCGUUGCGAGCAGCCCUGGAGAACAAGCGCUUCCAUGACAAGGAGUCGUCUCUCCUAAAGAUGAUUCAGCAGGCUGAAGCUAUUCAGCUCCAGCAGCAGGAUCUACUUGCUACAGCAAAGGACAUCGCCGAGGUCUUCUUCGUGAAGGUAGACAAUUACAAGUUCGAGGCAACGCCCUUCGACAGCAUCGCAAACCUCGCAGAGCAGGUGGCAAUCCGACUGCGUUGCAAAGCCGCAUCGCUGGUGAUCACCUUGGAUGGGAAGGCUUUGCCAAAGGAAGCCAGCCUCAGUUCUCUUGGGAUCACAGCAGGCUCGCAACUUGACUUCAAGGAAGCGGGUACCAAGAUCCAAAAGAGAGUGCAGCGAGUCUCUCAUGUCCUUGUGAAAACGCUGACUGGCAAGACCAUCAUUGUGCGUGAGAUCGGUCCCUGCACUACCGUGGAGGAGCUGAAGCAGAGGAUUCAGGAGAGGGAAGGCAUCCCUCCGGACCAGCAGCGCGUGGUCUUCUCGGGGAAGCAGUUGGAGGAUGAGUGGACGCUCGCAGACUAUGACAUUCCUGAGGCAGCCGAGAUGCAUCUGGUCCUGCGGCUCCGUGGCGGCAUGUACGAUCCAAUCUCUGGUCGCGAAGGCUUUAAGGUGCUCUCCGAUGAGAUCGUCUUCGAUAACGGAAGUACAUUGACCUUCGAUGGGAGCUCAGAAAGCCUUGAACGCUUCGGUCAGACCUUUGCCUCCAAGACAGAGAUGCUUUCCUUCCUGGAAGAGCACCGCAUCGAGGCCCUUUUGAAGCGCUUGCAGGAGGUCCAGAGCCGAUCCGAAAGAGUCGAGAAAGAGGCGCAACAAUGGAUGGCCAAGGCGGUUGCGGCGGGCGACGCCUGA